AUGGACUUUAAUAUAGAGAUACGUAAGAAACAGUUAGAUAAUUUGGAUCAACUUAUCUCGUCAUCAAGAGAUAGAAUUCAAUCCGUACUGAGUUACUUGGGUUGGUCCAGCGAAAAUGUUAAAAAAGGGGAUCCUUGUGUACAGUGCCCCGUUAAUCCUCAUCACCGGAUCUCACCACAAUCUUGGAACGAACAUAUUGAAAAAUGUGUGAUAAAAAUAGAAGGAUAUGAUGAAAAAAGUCAAUUUUUGUCAGAAUCUGUUGAUAAUUCUACACAGUCAAUAUACAUAGACCACAAUAAGAAAAUCGAACUUAUCACUAAGGAAUUAUCAGAGAAGGGUGCUUUAAGACUAGCCUGGAAUGGAUUAGAUCCUGAUCCACGCACUGCCGAUCGAUGGGUAUCAACAUACUCUCCAGAUGAACGAUUAAUUUUUUAUAAUUAUUGUGUUGAAAACACAGCAGGUCCACCAGUUCCUCCAGAAUUUACGACACUUCAUAACAAGAAGCAAGAAGAAGAAAAACCCUUGAGUUAUGAAGAAAUACUAGCCCAACAACGAGACGCUAAAAGACGAAGAACCAAAUAUAAAUCAGUUCAUAUAAAUCGUAAGAACCACACUGAAGUAAUUAGGGAAGUGAUAAAUGGACAAAUGGAAGAGUACAAAGAGUGGUUAUUGGCCCAAGAUCAAAGCAAAAAGACUGAAGAGUGCAAUAACGGUGUUGACGAAGAGAAAAAAGAAGACCACGACCGCCCCCACUCUUCUAUUAGUAGGAAUAGUAACCAGUCAAGCAGUUCAAGAAGUACCAGUAGGAGACACGAUCGCUAUAGAGACAGGCGUGAACCCAGUAGAGAACGUUAUCAAAAAUCUAGAAACUACGAACAAAGAAACAAAUAUGAAGACAGACACCACAAAGUGUCCCCUCAUAGACGUGUAAGUGAAGAAAAAAGACACAGAAAUAACCACGUGAGAGAAAGAGCACAUUCUAAAGAUAGAGAAAGAGACAGACGUCACUCAUCUAGAGACAGAAAUAAUAAGAAGUAUAACAAUGACCACGAUGACGUAAGGAAGCGCUAAAGAUGACUAUUUUCGUUUCUCAAAAAUUUGUGUUGUUUGAUUGAGUUGUUUUUAACAAGUUUUUAUUAAAUAAAAGUUUAUUUACGAGUA